AAUCCCAUAAACGUGACAAAAAUCUGCCACUCCCACUUGAUCUCACAAGUCAGAAUUUUUUUUGUGGGCUCUUCUCUUUCUCUUUAUUUUGAUAGCUGAGCGCGUUCCAUAUUUAUGUAUGUCCUGAGAACGCGAGGAGGAGGGCACAAUCUUAGAAAGUAAAAUGAAUUAGCGGACAUGCACUGGUGGAUUGAAACCGAAAUUUAGGAAAUCUUCUGCCAAAUUUACAUUUUCAUUGAUGACAAGGCACCAUGAAUUUGAGGUACAAACUCGUUCUCGCUGGUGUGAGCUGUUUGAUAAUCUGGAAGCUGCUUGGCUACUCGUCUCGUCAGACUGGACCAGAUUUAGCUGUGCUAGAAAAAGAGGCUGAUAAAGUAUCUGCGGUCGAGACUUCUUCCUCCUCGUCUACCGCAAAAGAAAAAGUAGCCAUUGCCGUGUUCUACGAAACUUUGUGUCCCGACUCAAGAGGAUUUUUUAUAAAUCAACUGCUUCCAACUCUUGAGAGAGCACCUGAUAUUAUCGAUGUCACACUUGUGCCGUACGGAAAAGCUGUGUCUAUGGUCGAUGGCAACAGUUACAAAUUUAGCUGCCAGCAUGGACCUCUGGAGUGUCACGGCAACAGGGUCCACGCCUGUGCAACCAAAUACGUCCUUGACCAGCUCACGUUGGUUCGAUACACUACCUGCAUGAUUAGCGACAAUGUUGACCCUGAGGAUGCUGGCAAAAGGUGCGCCCGCUCGUUAGGGAUUGAUUGGGAUCCAAUUGUUGCUUGUUCGAGAAAAGAAGAAGGGAUCCAGUUGCUUGCCAAAAUGGGUGAAGCCACUCAUAAACUGAACCCUCCUGUCACAUUCAUUCCUACUAUUGAAGUUAACAAGAGUCUGGGAUAUCAAGCCUCUCUACUGAAGAGAUUAUUAGAAGAACUAUGCACUAGAUUCAAGGUUGUUCCAGAACCAUGCAAAGGAAUUUCGACUGUUGCUUUCCACCGGCUUUGAUUCAAGAAUUAUAAUGUGAUGAUACAUUGAGACUUAAUAGCAUUUUGUGGGUUUGAGCUUAUGUGUUUUGUUAUUUUGCUGGCUGUGAAAUGAGCCCUCUUGUUGAUUUUUGUUACAAUAUUAUUGACAUUUUACACCCUUGGACUAACUAUGUAAGCUUAACUUCAUUUAAAGCUAGAGAAAAAUACCAUAAAGUUGCUCAGUUAAAAUAACUUGAUAAUCAAAACUUCCGUAUUUAUGGUGUGUAAAUAAUAUCCGAAUACUAUAAUAUUUUGUUGAUUUUAAAAGUUUAAAUCGCCACAUUCAUUUUUAAUCUAAUAAAAAAUCACAAGCUCAUUUGAUCCUCUGGCAUGCCAAAGCAAAAAAGAUAAAAAAAACCCUUAUUACAAAU